AUGAAGAUUGAAGAAGUUCAGUCGACCGUGCACUCUACUCGUAUUGCGAGUCAUUCUCAUAUCAAGGGCCUCGGUCUGAAGCCAGAUGGAACAGCGGAGCCUAUCGCGAAUGGGUUGGUGGGCCAGGAGAAGGCAAGGGAGGCGGCUGGGGUAGUGGUGGAUUUGAUCAAGAGUAGGAAGAUGGCUGGUAGGGCUCUAUUGAUGGCAGGAGCACCGGGUACUGGCAAGACCGCCAUUGCGUUGGCUAUUGCUCAUGAGUUGGGGCCUAAGGUGCCCUUCUGCCCUAUGGUGGGUAGUGAGGUGUACAGCUCUGAAGUGAAGAAGACAGAGAUCCUUAUGGAGAACUGUAGGAAGGCUAUUGGCAUUAGAAUCAAGGAAACCAAGGAGGUGUAUGAGGGAGAGGUCACUGAACUCACCCCUGAGGAAAAGCCCGACCCUUUGGGAGGCUACGGCAAAGUCGUGUCAUCUGUCCAGUUGGGGUUGAAGACUAAUAAGGGCUCGAAGACUCUCAAGUUGGCGCCUUCCAUCCACGAGCAGCUCACCAAGGAGAAGGUAUCUGUGGGGGAUGUUAUUUAUAUAGAAGCUAAUUCUGGUGCGGUGAAGAGGGUGGGAAGGAGCGAUCGCUAUGCAACUGAAUUCGAUCUGGAGGCCGAAGAAUAUGUACCGGUUCCCAAAGGGGAUGUUCACAAAAAGAAGGAGGUAGUCCAGGAUGUUACUUUGCACGACUUGGACAUGGCCAAUGCGAGGCCGCAAGGGGGAAAUGAUAUCGCCUCUGUGAUGGGACAGUUCUUCCGUCAGAGGAAGACUGAGGUUACUGAUAAACUGAGAGCUGAGAUUAAUAAGGUGGUGAACCGAUACAUUGAUCAAGGCAUUGCGGAGUUGGUCCCAGGCGUGCUCUUUGUUGAUGAGGUACACAUGCUGGACAUUGAGUGUUUCACGUAUCUAAACCGUGUCCUGGAGUCGCCUCUAUCUCCUAUUAUUGUAUUCGCUACGAAUAGAGGUAUAUGCACUAUAAGGGGUACCGAGAUUGUAUCGCCUCAUGGCAUGCCUAUUGACCUUCUGGACCGGCUGGUCAUCAUUCGGACUCUCCCUUACUCGGUGGAUGAGAUCGUUCAAAUCGUCGCUAUCAGGGCUCAGACGGAAGGCCUGAGUGUAGCUGAGGACGCUAUGGAGCUCCUUGGGAAAGUCGGCCAUGCUACGAGUCUAAGGUAUUGCCUACAGCUGUUGGCUCCUGCAGCGGUGGUGGCAGGAACAUAUGGUAGGGAGAAUAGGGUAGAGAAGAGCGACAUAGAGGAGAUCGAUGGGCUGUUCUUUGAUGCGAAGAGUAGUGCUAGGCUACUGAUCGAGCACAAGGAUAAGUACAUAUCAUAA